AGAGCAGAUCAUCUUGUUCCUGGAAGUGGAACAUAAACAUCCCGUUUAUUUUAACGUUAGACUUGCUUAAUUGUGCCUUACAAAGGCAUUCACUGCUUUCUUACUGCACUCACCAUGGAAACUACAUCAGUUCUCCUUCACUCUAAAACAAUUCCAUUCAUUUUCACUAUUUCCAUCAACAACAGAAAAAGAAAACUCUCUUUCCGGCAUCACAACAAACACCUUGAAUCCCAUUUAUCAAAUACCAGUUUACUCUCUGGUCAAAACCUUAAACCCAUAAAAAACCCAUUAAACCUUCCUUUUUCAUUUUGUCUGUCAACUUCAUCCCUGAAAAUAACGGGAACCCACUUGGUUUCUCCUCCCAAAUGCUCAUAUUCGGGCUCUGUAAGCACAGAGGGGCUUCGGACCCACCAAUUUUUAAAACCCUUAAAAAACCUCUCUCUUGAGAAACUGAAAGCUACCCUUUUGCAAUUAACCCCUGUUGAUAUCAUCAAGUGGUCUGCCAUCUUAUCGACUGCAAUUGCUGCCACUAAAUGGACUGUGAAUUUGGUAAUUAACCCGUUUUUCUGGAUGUAUUUUAGCUGGACAUGGUUGUUUUGGCCAUGGUUUGUGGCUAUAUCACUUGCUGUUUAUGGGUUAUACUGCUUUUAUAAGCAUUCAAUCGGUGAAGCUAGCAUUUUUGAGCAACUUGCGAUUGUUACAUCAAUGUUCACUUGGUUAACUCUUGUCCCUCCUGCCCAUUUCAGUGGAUAUCUACAAGGAUGGCCUCUUGUGUUCUUUUUUGUGUAUCAUUAUUUCUUUUUCUUCAAUGUAAGUGUGAGGAAACGUUUGUAUGGGGAUUAUUAUGCACGUCCGCAUGACCCCAAGUGGGAUUUAAACCCACCUAGAUGGUGUCGCCAUUUGUUUUGUGUUGGGGUCAUGGCCGGGCACUGGCUUGCAGCUUUUGAAGGGCCAGAGCUGCACCUUAUUCCUGGUGGGUUGAUCAAUAUGGGGAUUUGGAUUUUGAUAUUGGCAACUUUGCUAAUGCAAUAUAAUUCUACAUUUUACCUUGCCAAGUAUUCAGAGAAGGUGGUGGUGCCUUCUGCUGUUGUGCAGUUUGGGCCAUAUAGGUGGGUCCGGCACCCCAUCUAUUCGUCCACGUUGCUUCUCUUUGUGACUUAUUUCAUUGCGCUUCGUGCACCUUUGAGCCUGUUGUUUGUGGUAGCGGUAUGUUUGAUGUAUUAUGCACAGAAGGCAAAAAUGGAGGAGGAUCUAAUGAUUGAGACUUUCGGGGAGAAGUAUCUAGAGUACAUGAGUAAAGUUCAGUACAAGUUCAUUCCUUUGAUUUAUUAGGAUGGCCUGCAGGGAUGUCCAGGUUUCCACACUUGCGUUUAUCGCCUUUUGAUCUCUUUUUAAUGUAUAUGAUGGGGAGGCUGGCUGGCAUAACUUUUCUAUGUUUUGCGAACGUGUUUCUUGGAAGUUUACCAGUUUCAGUCCCACCUAUGUGCUAUAAUAUAAGUAUUUUUCUCCAUGGGCUUCCCCGUUUCAGGAAUUUUUUAGAAAGCACGUAACAAGUGUCAUUUUUAGUCUUGUGAUAGAUGGGAAGGGGAUAUGAUUUUUUACAUGUUAUUUGGUAUUCACUUCACGAAAUCCUGUAGUCUUGCUGCAUAUGGAAAUAGGGAUA